GCGCGCGCUCCCUCCCUCCCUCCCUCCCUCCCCUGCCCAGAGCCAGCAGCCGGGAUCUCAGUAUUAUGGCAUCGAGGAGAAUGGAGACCAAACCCGUGAUAACGUGUCUGAAAACCCUCCUCAUCAUCUACUCCUUCGUUUUCUGGAUAACUGGAGUUAUCCUUCUUGCUGUUGGUGUCUGGGGGAAGCUGACUUUAGGCACAUAUAUUUCUCUCAUUGCUGAAAACUCCACUAAUGCCCCCUAUGUUCUCAUUGGUACGGGUACUACAAUUAUUGUCUUUGGUUUGUUUGGAUGCUUUGCCACUUGUCGUGGGAGCCCAUGGAUGCUGAAACUGUAUGCUAUGUUCUUGUCCCUGGUUUUCCUGGCUGAGCUGGUGGCUGGUAUUUCAGGCUUUGUGUUCCGCCAUGAGAUCAAAGACACCUUCCUUAGAACAUACACCGAUGCCAUCGUGCAUUAUGAUGGAAUGGAUGAGAAGAGCCAUGCAGUGGAUGAUGUACAACAGAGCCUGAGUUGCUGUGGUAUCCAGAGCUACACCAACUGGAGCAUUAGCACUUAUUUUACCAAUCAUGGCAUUCCCCCAAGCUGUUGUAUGAAUUCCAGUGACUGCAAUAGCCAGGACCUGCAAAACAUGACGGUUGCUGCUACUAAAGUAAAUCAAAAGGGCUGUUAUGAUUUGGUGACCAGUUUUAUGGAGACAAAUAUGGGCAUCAUAGCUGGAGUGGCUUUUGGAAUUGCAUUCUCACAGUUGAUUGGAAUGCUCUUGGCAUGCUGUCUGUCCCGAUUUAUUACUGCCAAUCAAUAUGAGAUGGUGUAACAAGGGGAUAUAAAAUACAGCUCCAGUUUUCAAUCAGGAAAUAAGAUAAAUAAUUCUUGGAAGACUUCUAAAGAAUGUUAUAGCACAUAUACAACUAUACACACUCACACACAAUACCACCAACCACCACCUUCCAAACUCUGUACCAUGCAUAGUAUACCAUUCUGUUGUGCCACAGAAGUAGCCUGAACCAUUCAGCAUCCAGUACUGUACACUCCACCUUGAAGGCUCUGCAUAUGGCGGCACUACGUGUAUGUUCUUGGUCAGAUUGUAGUUGCAUUGUAAAGUUAACAGAGGUAAUUCAUUAACAGCAAUGAUUGGACUUUGCAUGUAGUAACUGGAGGGCAUAAUUAGCCUUUCGCCAUGGUUAAUAAAUGUCGCACAUAUCAUAUUAAACCUGUAUACAAAUAUAUAAAUAUAUAUAUAUUAUUUUGAUUAUCAGACUUUUAAUUUCUUGGUUUUGUUUUAUUGUUUUACCAUGUCUUGUCCCAGUCUUACCAAACUUCCCCCUCCUCAAAACAACUGUCCCCAUGCAAGAAGAAAUGUAACUUAAUGUGAAGAUACUUGAAAACAAAAAAUUAAUGUAAAAAUAUCCCUGAGGAUUUUUUUCCUUUUGAUGUUUCACUGCAUUUUUGAUUCUUAAUCAAUGUUGUAUGCCUUGUGCGUUUGCCAGUAGGCCUUUGUUUAGUGCAUUUUGCCUCUGAAUCGGAACCUGUGAAAUAUUGUUACUAAGCUGUGUUGUUUGCUUACUGUGAAGGCAGUAAUUUUGCUUCCCUUUUAUUAUAUAGUCAUGGACUAACUGAAUUGUGCUGUAAUGCGAUCCUCUUCCCUUUUUUCUUUCACUGUCCUUUUGCAUUGAAGUUGCCACAAAAGUAUAUUACCAGAUUAAUCAAAAUUUCAAAAAUGAAAAAGUUUAAAAGGGCAUAUGAAAUAUUUUUGGGGGUGGGGAACAAAAGUUUAAGACCUUUUUUAAAAAAUAAUAAUUUUUAAAUAAGGCCUCUGUCUAGCAUGCCAACAAGAAUGCAUUGGUAUUGUAUUUGUGAUACACAUAUUAAUAAAUGGAACCAUUAUGGA